AUGAAACUGUUGCACCUCCUCGUUCCUCUGGUAUGGGCUUCUGCCCCUCUAGCAACACAAGCUUCUGCUCCUCCCAGGGAUCUUCACGGGCUACAAGUGCCUCUUUCAGGAGCUUUUGACAACGGUAUAGGGGCGUCGGCGUCCCAAGAACGUACCAUAUAUCAGACCCUCAAGUCGCAGAAGAGGUUUUCCCGGUUGGUGAAGGCUAUUGAGCUCAAUGACGAUGUGGUUGCGCGUCUGGAUGAUCAUGACGCGGACAUUACCUUUUUUGCCGUUCCUAACUCGGGUUUACCCUCUGAGCGCCCUGACGUUGAUGAGGACUAUGCAUAUGGUCCCACGAAUCUCAAUGGCUAUGACCUCGGAAGGCUCAUCGUCAAUGCCGAGGACCUCAAUAAAGCUCCUUGCAGUUUCGAAAACGAUAAACGAAAGCAAUCCCUCGCUCGAAUUGUUCGGCGCAUUUUGGAGUACAAUAUCAUACCAGAGAAACUUGUGGCUCACGAUUUAACCAAGAACUCUACGUACGCGACGAAUUUGACACUCUCCGACGGUUCUUUGGACUACAAGCCUCUGCGCAUUUCAGUACAGUCCGACAAUAUCCCGCCGAGGCUACGCCUCAACAAGGUGGUCGACAUUGUUAGACGUGAUGUUAUGGCGACAAAUGGAGUGAUCCACUUUGUUAACCUUCCAGUGCUCCCGCCCCCGUCUAUCUUUCAGGAGGCUUUCCUGGUGCCUCUGAUUUUCUCGUAUGCGACUACUGCUGUUCAGCGCGUUGAUUUGACGGGUGCGCUUGAUCGCUGGUACACGAAAGACGCGGGCGAAGGCAAAGGAAACUUCAUGGGGGCCGCCGCAACUACUGCAUUUGUUCCUACCUCAGCCGCAUUUCAGAUAUUACCGAAGAAACUUCAGCUCUACCUGUUCUCGCCUUUUGGUGAAAAGGCUCUCAAAAAGAUUCUACAAUACCAUAUCGUACCCAACACUGUAUUCCAUUCAGACUACUUUCACGAACAGAAUGUCAAGCAAAAAGCUGCUCCCCCCCAGAUGACCUUCGACUUUACGGAGCCUAUGUUUGAGCAGCUAGCUAUGGUUCCCUACGAUGUCGUCGACGAUUCUGACGCUGGCGCGGAGCUAUUCAGACCCAGGCUUCCUCGUCCUGUCUACUCUUACAAUGCUACACUGCCCACGCUGUUGAAGGGCAAGGAGAUUUAUGUCGAAGUCGCCCGAUAUAAGACCAAGUCUUCGAUUCCGGGGCCGUCGUACCACUUCACUAAGUUCUAUGUGAACGGCAAGCUGGUCGUCACAUAUGACAUCCCUGCAAGGAACGGGGCUCUUCACGUCAUUGACACACUGUUGGACCCAAGGGCAGGAGAGGGUCAGGCGGCCAGUGAGAAUAGCUGGGAUGAUUGGGAGGAAUGGCUCCCUCAAUGGGCUCUUGAGGCUUGAGAGUCUUCAGCCGUAGUUCCAGUCACAUCAGCUGAAC